CUAAAUUAUACCGUCACUCCCAAAUAUGCCGCUGAAAUAAAUAACGGCAGUAGACUACCGUGCCGGAGACCGAACUAAUAAGAAACAGCCGGAACCAGAGAAUUUCCUCUAUCAUUUGCUCAGUUUCCGCCACCAAACUCAGUAAGAAUUACAUUACAUUACUGAUUAUUUAGCAGAAGGAAGUGAUGAGUGGAGUCAUUCUAGGCUUGCCAGGUUCCUGGGCUGAUGAUAACCGUGAACCUUCUGAUCACUAUACUACUAAAGUUGGCGGGCUUCCUGACUUUCCUUUCCAAAAUGUCAACCCCACUCUGCUAGACUGUUCUCAGUGUGGAAAUAAACUAUGCCUUAUUUUACAGGUUUAUGCUCCAGUUUCAAUAGAAAGGACAGGGAUAGAUGAGCGCCUCCUCCUUAUUUUUGGUUGUCUAACUCCAGAAUGUGGGAACAGUAAACUCGGUUGGCGAGCUCUUCGUGUUCAAAAACCAUGCAACCAGGAGUUCUCCAAAGUUUCUCAAGAAAUUAGCCCUUUGACGACAUCAACUUCAGCUACAAAUACCAACUGGUGGGAGCAAUUGGAUGAAGAAAUAGAUGAAGAAAUGGAUUUGGAGGAGCUAUCAAGAGCAUUUUCAGGGGCUGCAACCGAAGUUUCUCAUGCCAAGAAAAUUCCUAGUAGAUCAGAUUCAAAGAUUAUCACAAAAAGUUUAACCUGGAGCCCAACAAGAGUGGUUGACCUGAAAACACCAGUGCUACCAUGCUUUUACAUCUAUACUGAAGAAGAACCAUCUUCUAAGGAUAUUUCUUUAUGUUCCAAUUAUGCAUCACUUUCCAUAAAGGAGAAUCAAAGUGAUGCCGAGGACUCCAUACAAGAAGAAACGUGGUCAGAAGAAGUUUAUGAAUAUGAUAAGGCUCUGACUGCUGAUAGGACUUACCUAAAGUUCAAGAAAAAACUGGAUGCAUAUCCAGAACAAUGUUUCAGAUACUCGUAUGGUGGGAAGCCAAUUUUGGGAAGAGCAGAGGAUGGAGAAGCUGGGAAGUGCAGGGCAUGUGGUGGAUCAAGGCACUUUGAAAUGCAGCUAAUGCCCCCACUGCUAUAUUUUCUGCAGGAAGAAGCUGAUGAACGUCAAAAACAGUUGCUGGAGACCUGGAACUGGAUGACGCUUUUGGUAUAUACUUGUUCUGAAAACUGUUCAAAAUCUUCUGAGAAAUCAGAUGAUGGGGACUGGAUGAUUACAGAGGAAUCCGUUUUUGUGCAAUUUGAGAAGCCCUUAAAUGGGUCGGCAGGAGUUGGCUUCUUUUCCACAACUUGAAUAUGAGUUUAAUUUCGGGAAGAAAAAGGUGAGUUAUUCACUUCAAGGGAAAUUUUUUAGGGCUUGUAAUUUGAUGUAGUAUUCGUCAUGGUUUCAAAAGUCUAGUUGACGUCUCAAAUGGCUCGACAUCUUCAUUGGAGGAAACUUCGUUUUUCCAUCCAUAUCGACGAUAUAUUGGUAAUUUCUCGAGAUCGAUGAAAUAUCGCUAAUGUUGAUUAUCAAUGGCCCAAUUAUUUAACUCGUAAAAGGCCAGAUUUAGGAAAUCUAGAUUUGGUCACAUUAUCUGAUUGA